GUAAUCUAAUCGUUUAUAAAUAUGGCAGCCUCAUUUACCAAUCGUCAACAUUACAUUCGUGACAUUCCAGUCGACAGUCAAGUUUUGUUUUCGUACGCUAAUUCUCCAAUCAGCUAAAGUUUAUAUUCUUAUAAGAAAUAUUAAGAGAAGUCUGUUAUUUUCAAUAGCCAGCACCAUUCAGCUAUCAGCAGCUUUACAAUAACAAAGUAAAAUAUUUUCUCAACUUCCGCUUAAACCACACUACACGCCGUCAACUAAAGUGCUUCAGAUAAAUCUACGGAAGAUAUUGUGAAAAUGUCGCAACCUGUUGCAUUCCUUACACGCAAAGAAACAUUCAGCGCAUGCCAUCGUCUACACAGCCCACAUCUAAAUGACGAAGAAAAUGCUGAAGUCUUCGGAAAAUGUAAUCAUAUAAAUGGACAUGGACACAAUUACACCGUUGAGAUAACAGUACGUGGACCUAUUGACAUCCGCACAGGCAUGGUUAUGAAUAUUACAGAAUUGAAGACUGCUUUAGACAAAGUUAUAUUUAAGGAUUUGGACCAUAAAAAUUUGGACAAAGAUGUAGAUUUCUUUAAAAAGACUCCCAGCACUACCGAAAAUGUUUGUGUAUACAUUUGGGAGAAUGUGCGACAACAUUUGAAACGUCCAGAACUGUUAUACGAAGUAAAAAUAUAUGAAACUGAUAAAAAUUCUGUUACUUAUCGUGGACCGUACAAUCAUAAUGGCUAUUACCAAAGCUUGCAAACGAAACGUUCAGCCAAAACUUCUUGCACUAACAUAUCUUCUGAUUCCGACUAAUGUUGCGUGGAAAUUAUAAGACUCGAAUUGAUUUGUGAAUACGAAUUUAAUUAAAGUUAGUUAACAGAAAAUACAGCACUAAACUAUAAAAAUAAAAACUAGUAAAAGUUUCUAAUUUA